CUAGCAAAUUUAUGAAGGAAAAACAAUAAAAAUCAAUUUUAAUUUAAUUUAAUUUUUUAUUUUUAUUUUUUUAAAAAAAGAGUUUUUGACGGUGAUAAAAAAAAAAGACUGAAUUUUUGUCCGGAAUGAAGUUGAGCAAAAUUGGAGUAAUAAGAAGUAGAUAUGUCUGAUGUUGUUUUCGUUGGGCAAGAGACAAGGAGAGAGUAAUUGAGAUGUAUAGAGUAGAUCGCCAGAUUUAACAUCAUAUACAUUGAUUCUAACGAUGCAUGUCUGGCUUCUCCGCCCAAAUCAAUCUCCACCUUCCCAUUUAUUCCUCCUCCUCCUUCCAUCACUCCACUUCCACUUCUCUGCUUCUUCCGUUUCUCUCCUUUCUCCUUAUUGAUUUAUCCCUCUUUCUUUAUCAUCGUAAUCUGCAGCCACAAUGGCUCCUUCGGCCCAGCAGCAGCUGGAGAUUGAGGGUCAGGGGAGGAGGGAAUCAGCUGUUGUUAGUAAUGGUGCGGCGGAUGAGGCGGUGGCUGGUGGCGCCAAAUCUAGAGUCACGGUUGUUGGCAGUGGGAAUUGGGGCAGUGUGGCUUCCAAGCUCAUUGCUUCUAAUGCCCUCAAACUCCCUUCUUUCCAUGAUGAAGUGAGGAUGUGGGUUUUCGAGGAGACAUUGCCCAAUGGUGAAAAGCUAUCGGAGGUCAUCAACCAGAUCAAUGAGAAUGUUAAAUAUCUUCCUGGCAUAAAGCUAGGGAAGAACGUUGUGGCUGAUCCGGACCUUGAACAUGCAGUUAGGGAUGCCAACAUGUUAGUUUUUGUAACUCCGCAUCAGUUUGUGGAGGGAAUCUGCAAAAGGAUAGCUGGUAAGAUUAGAAAGGAUGCUGAAGCAAUUUCACUAAUUAAGGGAAUGGAGGUGAAAAUGGAAGGUCCCUGUAUGAUCUCUAGUCUCAUCUCUCAAGAGCUUCAAAUCAACUGUUGCGUACUUAUGGGGGCUAAUAUAGCUAACGAGAUUUCAGUUGAGAAGUUCAGUGAAGCAACUGUUGGAUACAGAGGAAACAAAGAGAUUGCAGAGAGAUGGGUUCAGCUAUUUAACCAUCCUUAUUUUAUGGUGUCAGCUGUCCAAGAUGUUGAAGGUGUUGAACUUUGUGGAACCCUCAAAAAUGUUGUUGCGAUAGCAGCAGGCUUUGUGGAUGGUUUGGAGAUGGGAAACAAUACAAAGGCUGCAAUAAUGAGAAUAGGAUUGAGAGAAAUGAAGGCAUUCUCCAAGCUUUUAUUCCCUUCCGUCAAAGAUAGCACUUUCUUUGAAAGCUGCGGUGUGGCCGAUCUCAUAACGACUUGCUUAGGUGGAAGAAACAGAAAAUGUGCAGAGGCUUUUGCUAGAAACGGUGGAAAAAGGUCUUUCGAUGAGCUCGAAGCAGAGAUGUUGCAGGGACAGAAGCUACAGGUGCAUAGCUUUAUUCAUCUUGUCUGAGUCAGUUUUUCUUUCCAGGGGUGCAUAUCUUUAUUCCUUCUGUCCAAGUUAAUUUUAUUCAGUUUUCUUUUUUCGGGUAAAUUUUGAAGGGUGUCUCAACAGCAAAGGAGGUUUAUGAAGUUCUACGACACCGGGGAUGGUUAGAAUUAUUCCCCCUUUUCGCCACAGUUCAUGAGAUAUGCAGUGGCCACUACCCACCAUCAGCCAUAGUUGAGUACAGUGAUCACACGCCCAAAUUUUCUCUCCUGGAAGGCUCUGCGAGAAUUCUCUAACUCUGCAUUGAUGCUGAUAGAAAGUUUAUCUGAAUGCCCCAUUCGGGUUCUAAUUAAUGUUACUAUGAAACAAUAGUACUAGGACACAAAAGCUAAGGCUGUGUUAUUUGUAAACCAUUUUCAGCAGAAAUUUUGGUUCCUGUUGCAGUACUCCGAAAUGGACUCGAGAAAUGAAAUCCCUUAUCAUCAAAAUGAAGAAGCUAAUAGGAAAUGAACAACAUCACCACAAAUCCUUCAACCACAUUUUCAGUUUCACACGUACGUCAACUAUGUAAGAAUUGUAACAAUAAACAGACAUGGGCUAAAAUUUCGGAGAAGGGAAAAAUAAGGGAAAAACACUAUAAUUUUGCUUCAUCCCCACACCAUCAAACAAUACAUAGAGAUUUACAAUUUUUCCUCAAGAAAAACGAGAAAAAAAAAUCAUCCAUUCCGUAUUCUAUCUAACCUAUCAACACUCUUCCGACCUCUUUCCAGUUGAUGAUCAAUACUUUUCCGGGACUUCUCAAUGCAGUCCACGCUUCUCCGCGACCUUUCCAAUUGGUCAAAAGACAUCCUAAAUUUGUCAAGCUUGUCCGUAUUACUAGACUGAUUCUUUAACUUCUCCGGUCUGUCAGUACUGCGCCUUGGUUUUUCCCUCCUAUCAGUGCUCUUCCUUGAAGAUUCAAACAAAUCUGUACUUUUCCUGGACGGUUCAAACUGGUCUGUGCUUUUCCUCGAACUGAUCCUCUGAGAAGGAGGUCGCUCGACAGUGGCGACAAACUUUUUUAGAUGUCUAAUAUAUUCUGGAUAUAGCUCUAAAUCACAGUGGUUCCCUCCUUUAAUCCAUAAGGGUUCAUACUUCUCUUUACACAGCUCCCACAGCUGCUUUCCAUGCGAAAAAUCGACUACUUCAUCUGCAGUUCCCUGCACAUUGAUUCAUCACAAUUUAUUUGGAGACAUGAGCGAAAUUAGGAACCUUUCAGAAAACAAAGUAGGAACAAGCAAAAUUCCUGAAAUAUUGCAGGGUUUUCAGCUGAAAAUAUUAUCGCAGUGGUGCCAGACUCGGCCAUAAAUGUAAAGCAACUGCACAGACAGAUAGUAUGGUUGAGGAUGUAGACAAGAUUUGUAUGAGCCAUUAGUUUGAGAGAACCAUAUUACGAUUUUCAACUGUCCAAUAUUAACUUUUUGGCACAUAGCGGCAGAGGAGCAUUUAAAAUGGCAUUCAAGGCUUCAGGAUUAGCUCUAAUAAGCACAAGCAAUGCCUUCUUCAUUGUCAGUAAUACAUCCUAUGCCAAUCAAUUAUGAAAAAGAAAACCCAAACUCACAUGAGAGAAUUACUAUUACUCUUGCAACUUUAUAAUCAGCAAUAAUUUCGCUGUUAAAACUCAAAAGCACCAUAGACAAUUACAAUAUAAAAGCAAUGCAUACUUACAUGAAUGAUGAGUACUGGACAACUGACCAGCGGAAUUUUAUCAAUAUUCUGCACAAUUACAACUUAAUUGAUGAGAUUAUUCAGAAAUGCCCAGAAGUCCUGGUAGUCAAAAGAUACGAGUCUCAUUACCUUGUAGAUGUCAAACCAAUAUGAACGUUUCACGGGAUACAUAACUCUUACGCCGGAUAAAAUGGGACUAUGCAGAACAACAGCUCUUAAUCGUGGCAAACGGGCGGCAAGAUCCAAAGUAGGGCCGCUUCCAACAGACUGCCCAUAUAAGAUGACAUCUUCCUGCUUAGUGCCAUAGCUCUCCUCGAGGCACUUGUAUGCUGCUUCAAUAUCUGCAUAAGUAUUCUGCUCACUUGGCUGCACAUUGGAAGAUAAACCAGAGGUUAUCCUGACCCAUCGAGUGGAGUGGCACAGCUAUUGGCGCUUCAAAGAUUGUAGAUCAACAAAGAUAACAAUACUUAACCAUCUCACCUUUCCAGAAGACUGGCCAUAACCUGAAUAAUCAUACCUGCAUAGGAUCAAAGUCACAUCAGGGGUGUUAUUUACAGCAACGUUCUGCGGAUAUAUACCAGUUGAAAACUCUAGCAUUACAAAUACUACUAGACAUUUUCAUUAAACAUUCAUAUUUAUCAUGGACAGAAAAGGAAUAAAAGGUGAAAAAUGGAAGUCGUGCAGGUUAUACUGUACAUUUAAAUUCAGCCAUUUUCAGCCUCAAAUUGCCAGUGGUAGACCAUGAUCACCCCAAAGAAGAAUCCGAAAACUGAACAUACAGUGCACAUAUCUUUUAACCCAAUCUAUCCAAGAAGCCGGAUCUCUCGAAAAUACUCCAAUUUGAAUGACCCAUGUUUUGGACCACAGAAAUCUCAAUCAGUAUGGUAAGAAUGCCACAGUGAAAAGAAGCACCUUUGAUCCACAGGAUUUUAACCCUUCUCUAAACAAGCCACAUGGUUUGGGUGAAAUAUUGAAACAUUAGAGUGAGACCUGAAGUCUAACACUGAUCACCGAGCAAAACUAGCCUUGGCAAAAGUAAAAAGUUGACAUAUUUCAUUGGAAUUCCAAAGCAACACAAACAAAUAAUUAACCUAGCAAAAUUCUAUCAAUAUAAUUCAUCAUCAAGAAGAAAAUGAAGCUACUCAAGUAUAGCCAUGAAAACAUAACCCUACUGAAAAGCAGAAAGGGAGCAGAGGAGAGAGUAAUCAGUACCCAAGCAAAUUGACCCGGAGAUGGAUGCUCAACUCAAUAAAGAGCUCAUACAUCUGGCCCAGAUCGGCGGCGUUGCCGUGGGAGUAGAGAAGUGUAGAGGUGGCCAUGGGAUGCCUUACGUACAUGGCCACAAUCUCAGUCCCUUUGCGGGUUGGCAGCUUUAGGACUUCCACGUUCUCCCUGUGGGGAAAAGGGCUGAGCAGAAGCAAACCCGUGAGUUCGUCGGUGACCAACUUGUAAGACGGUGGGUUGGGAGGGAAGAAGGCGAACUUCGCCGCCAUGGAUGACGUCACCCCACCCAUACCGGAAAAUUCCUCUGGAAAAUUUUCAAUUACACAGCAGAAUUACAAGACAACUAUGGUUUAUUCACAAUUAGCCUAGCUCCUGUCUCGGAAUACUAAAGGUGGAGAACUCUUAUGUUUUGUUCCAAAUAAAAAGAAAAGAAAAGAAAAGAAAAGAGGAAAACAUGUGGAUGGAUUGAGACUUGAGGAGUGGAGUAAGAAGAAUUAUGGUAAAGAGGGGUCACUACCACUUUAAGGGCUUUAACAACAAACUCAAAUAUAACCAGGAUAAUUUAAUUUGAGAAUCACUCUGGAUCCCUCUCCUCCAUCUGGAUUCUGGACCAUUUUCUCUAUCUAUGAAAAAGAGCAGCUCCAGCUGCUUAUGACUUUUUUUUACACACAUUUACCUGCACUUUUGACAGACAAAUGAGUGGAGUGAUAUGAUGACCCCAUUUCCUUUUUCCUCUCUAUGCAAUUCUUUCUUUUUUCUUUUCUGUAUUGUUAUUAAAUCUCUAUUCCCUUUACUAUACCAAAAAUUUUAUACUUUUGCUGCGUUGGUUGUUCAUAUGGGAAUGGAAACCGGGAUGUAGGCGCCAUCCCGACAUUCCUUUUCUUUUUUUAUUGGAUUUUCUAUUCUUUUG